CCUUUACAACAAAUAUCUUAGUUGGUUGUGUUACCCGAGAUUUCUUCUACGUGAAAGAAUCUUUCAAAGGAUAGGAUAAAAAAAUGAAUUCAGAAGCUAGCGUAUUUAGUAAUAUGGACUGGAGCCAAUUGGCAAAUUCGUUGAAUAAAAAAGAAAGCCAACCUACUUUAUCUUCUAACAACAAUAUGUAUCCUCAGUUAUCAUCUUAUAUGAAUCCAACCGGAGCUAAUGGAGUCGGAUCUCCUGCAAAUUUGCAUGUAGAUCCAACAGUCGCUGCUGCUUCAGAGGCUCAUAGAAAACUAUCUUUAAAAUCAGGUAAUUUAUGGGAUUCGUAUGGUGUAUCUUCAUCUACCCCUACUAUGCCUUCGUUUUCUUCGAACAUUAGCAACCCAACCAGUUCUGGUCACAACGUCUCUUCCGUGAAUAACAAUAAUGUGAGUGAAAAAGGUCCUGUUCUAGCUUCUACUGCUUCUUCUAUGCCCACAGCAGCUUCCAAUACAUCCGCUACCGACCCUAUGGCUUCAUAUCCAAAUUCUACGUCGAUUGGAGGAAAUCCUUUGGGCUCGAUGGAUUCGAAUUCGGGUUUCUUCCCUCCUAAAAGCUAUGCAUCUCCUUUUCCUAAUGCAUUGGCGACGGAAGGCAUGUCACCUAAGUUUUUGAAGGAUCGAUUUCCGUCUUCAAAUUCCGUAGCUGGAACGGGUUCUCCCAGGGUUGGAAGCCCUUUCACUUCUUUUACGAGAGCUUCUUUAAAUGCCAGCCCUUCCACUACCUCAUUACCUCAGUCUCGCUCAGUUGGAUCUAGUAUUAAUAACCCUUCUGCUUAUGGCUGGCUUCCUCAGCAACCCAAUUCGAUACCGGCAGCUUAUGCUGCAAAUACCUCGCAAGUGGAUGCAGAUCCUGCGUUAGCCCAAUUUUCAUCUGCUGGUCAUGCUUAUGAUUCUCCGAGUAACGCGACUACCCUCGGUACCUCGAAUUUAAACGGUACCUCCGGGUAUCAACAAUUUGCUGGUAACUCUCAGCCUGAAGCUUUACCUGAAACCAUAAAUUCGCCUAUGCGACGCGGUUCUGCUCGGCUCUCAAACUCGCCUGUUUAUCCCAUUGGUGCAAGUAUGUCUGCCCGAGACGUUGACUCACCUUUGAACAUCUUAGUAGAUAAGGCUAAAGCGAAGAUUUCUAUGAAUGACAAUGGAGCUUCCACCAAUUCUGUUCGUGCCCAGUCUAUCCCUAAUCAGACUGCAUCCAAUUUUUUCCCUCCAGAAAAUUUUCCUCAGCAUUUAGCUUCUUUGAUCCCACCUGCCGUUUUACGCUGGCUUUAUAAGGAUCCUCAAAAUAAUAUUCAAGGUCCCUUUAGUGGCGUAGACAUGCAUCAAUGGUAUCGCGCUGGUUAUUUCCCGUUGAGUCUUCCGGUUAAACGUCUCGAAGAGGAGGAGUAUUAUUCUUUGGCCUUUUUCAUUCGUCAAGUUGGAAAUCAGUUAGAACCCUUUUUAGUACCGUUGUCUCCUGUCUCAGUGCAAAAUAAUCAAAACCCGUCUUGGAAUGCUCAAGGUACGGAUUUACCUUCGAGCACUUAUAUCCCUAAUGGUGAAAAUGAAACAUCAGAAAAAGGUGAUAUGAGGGACCGGAAAGAGUCAUUGCAACUACAACAUGAGGGUAUCCCCGCAAAAGCAUCUACUCAACCUCAAUCUCAAUCAUUGGUAGAAACUAUGGUGAAUCAGCGUGAUGAUGGUAAUUCUAAGGAAGAACAACAGGUUGCUACUUCUUCCUCAAAUAUUAUGAAAGAAGGGGAAGUGAAGGAUACCAACAAUGAACAAUUGGCUGGUCAAGUGAAGGAAAAAGAAUAUAACUUAUUAGAUCAAACCGCUGUUGACUCUGAUUUGACGAGAGAUUUGAAGUCAUUGGAGCUUAAGGAAAAGCAUUCCAAAGACGAAGCUAAAAAUAGAGCUGAACUUGCCCAAAAGGUUGGUGAACCUCAGUUCGUCCAUAACAAAGCUGAACCUCCUGCAUCUGAGUUGGGAACUACUACUCCACGUCCUUCUCCUUGGAAGCCUUUGCCCAGUAAGCCUAUGCCAUCGCUCGAUGAAACCAUCCACAAGGAGAUGGAAAAUGCCUUAAACAGCGAAUCACCAGGCAAGAAUGAGAAGGUAAACCAAAAGCCAGUGAACAUUCAACCCUCCGUCCCCGCGGAAGCAGGGUCUCCUUGGGCUAAGGUGAAUGAUGUGGCUACUUCUAUUUCGCAAGAAAUUCAGCGUAUGGAAAAGCAAAACGAGACUUUGAAAACUAAGACUGCUGCUCAAGCGCAAACUCAAACUCAAGCCCAAGCUCAGGCUGAAAAUGUUGCUGCUACUGUAAAACCGGCUCCUCAAACACUAGCAUCUACUUCGGUUUGGGGCUCCGGUUCUGUUAACCCUCCUAAUGCUUGGUCUAAACACGCCGCCUUGAAGUCUCCAAUGUUGAAGAAAAAUAUUCAACAAGCCGAAGCUAAUGCUAAGCAGCAACCUUCAGUAAACACAACAACGACAGCAGCCGCCGUUGCAAAUGUUACGAACGCUCGAAAUGUUACACCUGCUGCUAAAGUAAAACCUACAGCCUCAGUUCCUGCUCCUUCAGUACCGAACGAGGAGAACAAAAAAAUAAGUGCAUUCUUAGAAACUGCUAUUGAAUCUGAGGAUAGCUGGUCAGUUGUAGGACCGGGAGGUAAAGUGGUUAAUCAACAACCCCCUGCUACGACCGCAGGUAACCGCUCCCCAUCUUCCAAACCCUCUGUUGUAACUGCUGCCCCAACUUCUCAGAACAACACAUCUAAGCUACAACAGGUUAUUUCUUCAUCUGGUCUCUCUCCUGAAUUUCUUUCUUGGUGUAAAAUCUCUUUGAAAGGAUUAAACGAAGGUGUAAAUUACGAAGAAUUUUUGAGUAUGUUGUUAUCUUUCCCUGUUGAGUCCAACACGGAGGUUGCCGAGAUUAUUUCUGAUUCCAUAUAUGCCAAUAGUACCACCAUGGAUGGUCGUAGAUUUGCUGGCGAAUUUAUGCGACGUCGUAUGGCAGAUUUGUCUGGUAAAGAUGAAGGUUUAACCGGUAUGAUUACUAAAGGUCAAGAAAAUGGUAGCUUUGGGGCUUGGAGUCAAGUUGCUCGUACUAAGCCUAAGCAGGGAACUGAAUGGAAUUCUGCUUUUAAAGUUGUUACCGGUAAGAAAAACAAGAAGCGUUCUUAAAGGUAAUACAGAAAAGUUGGGUCGGCUAUUGUAUUAUACGUAUAGAAAAUUUUCUACUAAAUACUUAAUAAACGAAUUAAUUUCGAGUAUUAAUAAAAAAUAUUAUCAACCGAUGAAUUAAUUUAUGAUAACUCAAAUGAAUGCCUAGUUAUAAAUAUUCUAAUUAAAGUCAUUUCAAAAAUUUGCC